AUGACAACAACAGGAUGUAUCUAACAUAGUUGUUGUUGUUGUUGUCAUUCUGUUCAGGGCAGUGUGUUUGGAGUUUGUGCAAUCUGGAAAUGGCAACCGUGAAAUUGAAUAAUGGAACUCAAAUGCCAGUAAUUGGCUUAGGAACCUGGCUGUCUGAUAAAGGAAAAGCUGGAGAAGCAGUAAAGUUUGCGCUGGAAAAUGGCUACAAGCACAUAGAUUGUGCACACAUUUAUCAAAAUGAGGCUGAAAUUGGGGAAUAUAUGAGCGAAGUUUGGAAGGCAGGAAAAGUUAAGAGAGAAGAUGUUUAUAUUGUUUCAAAAUUAUGGUCUAGUUACCAAGCCAAGGAAGAUGUUGUUGAUGCCUGCAGAGUCACUUUGAAAAAUCUGCAGCUGGAGUACCUAGACCUGUACCUAAUACAUGUUCCGUGCCAGCUAGACAAAAGUUUAGGGGAUACCGUUCCAGGCGCAGAUAAGAAAGGGUUGAUUGGCUACACUGCAGAACGAAUGAGAGAAACUUGGGAGGCAAUGGAAAAGUUAGUAGAGAUGGGGCUUGUAAAAUCAAUUGGAGUUAGCAACUUUACAACAAAGAAGUUGAAAGAGUUAAUGCCCUAUGUCAAAAUCAAGCCAGUAUGCAACCAGGUCGAGCUUCACCCAUACCUGCCACAGCCAAAACUGAUUGAUUGUUGCAAAGAAUACGGGAUCGUCUGCGCUGCGUACUCGCCUAUCGGAGCUCCAAACAGGCCAGAAUUUUUCAAAGAAAAUUCGCACCCGAUUCUCCUUGAAGACGACGUUGUGACGUCAAUUGCUGAGAAGCACAAAGCAACUCCUGCUCAGGUUGCACUUGCUUGGGGAAUCCAGCGUGGAACACCAGUUCUUCCCAAAUCAGUCACACCAUCACGAAUCGUAGAAAAUCUGCAGGCAGGAGAGCUACACCUAGAUGCUGAUGAUAUGUCGAGAAUCAGUGACGUAAAGCCAAGAGCAAGACUUGUGGACCAGCGUUGGGGAGUUCCAAUGAAUUGCACCAUUGAAGAUAUCUGGGAUGGAGAAUAUCUUUGCUGAUGAAAAGGAACGAAACAUAUGAUAACAUAGAAUGUUCACAAUAAAUAAUCAUGAAAAUAAAUAUUAUUGAAAUGCAUAUCCAAAGAGUUACAAAGAUUUUUAUGUAAUUGUGUUUUUAAACAUGAAUUUCAAUGAGAAAUUAUAAAGACUACAAA